ACCGCUGGGUCCUGCAGCUAAGCUGAUUCUUUCUCUGUUUUAAAAAUAGCAAGCACUAGUGCAGUCCAUCCCUCCCCCCACUGCAUACCCACCACCCAGCCUAUGAAGUGUUACUGAAAAGCUUUCACUGUGUUGCUGAUAUUCUGCGUACAGUGCAAAACAUUUACUAGAUUAAGUAACAGAGAGGCCAUAGCAGUGCGAUCAAUCCACAGGGGUGUGAGACGUAUGCAAGGAAUAGCAUGUCUAUAGAACCUGCACCGCAGCAUAGUCGCAAGAGGAAAAGGACUGCAGACAGUGCAGAAAAGUACCCCGCAAAGAGAAGCACAAGCUGGGGUAUCCUCACCAACCAAGGAUCAUGGGCAGAUCGAUCACCACUACAUGAAGCAGCAAGCCAGGGACGGCUACUUGCACUGAAAACCUUGCUAUCUCAAGGUUACAAUGUGAAUACAUUAACGAUCGAUCAUGUGACCCCACUACAUGAAGCUUGCCUGGGAGAUCAUGUUGGAUGUGCACGAACACUUCUGGAAGCGGGAGCAAAUGUGAAUGCUACAACUAUUGACGGAGUGACUCCUUUAUUUAAUGCAUGUUCAAGAGGCAGCGCUAACUGCGUGGAACUUCUCUUGGAAUAUGGUGCUAAGGCACAGCUAGAGACAUGUCUCCCUUCACCUGCUCAUGAAGCAUCGACUAAAGGUCACGGUGACUGUCUAGAAGUAUUAAUUUCAUGGGGUAUAGACGUGGACCAAGACAUUCCUCACUUAGGCACUCCUCUUUAUGUAGCAUGUAAAGGACAGCACUUAGCUUGUGUAAAGAAGCUUUUAUAUGCAGGUGCCAAUGUACAGCAUGGCAGACACCUGGACACCCCGUUACAUGCUGCCGCUCAGCAGUCUAGUACAGAUAUUAUAAACUUACUGCUGGACUUUGGUGCUGAUAUCAAUGCAAAAAACACAGAUUACAAACGUCCAGUGGAUGUUGCUGCUGCAAGAGGGUCAGUGGAAAAAUGCCUGCUUCAAUAUGAGGCAAAUCCAUGUCCACUUUGUCAGCUCUGUAGACUCCGUAUCCGGGAAUGUAUCGGACAGUCUAGAUUACAUCUUAUUCCAUGCCUCCAGUUGCCAACUAUCCUGAAAAACUUCUUACAGUAUAGAGAAAGUAUAAGAAACUUUUAAUCAUUUUUUUAAUUGUUUACGUCAAGUAUAUUGUAAAAAUGACGUCUAUGUAACAAGACAUGUCACUAGCUGUUUAUUUACCUCUCGGAAUUGUAAGGAAUAUUUUGGUUUAACUGGAAUUUCAUGUACUCACAUUGUCAUGGACUGUGAAAAACUACAUCAGAACAAACACUUUACAACACAAUACAAGCUUUGUGAGGCCCACCAGGGUCCAUUCAUAGGGUGUAGUCAAAAUGUGUUUUUGUCUAACCACAGAAACCUUGAUAUGACUACAUCAAAUUUAUUUUUCUCAUUUCUUGUCAAUGAUGGAGUAAUAUCCUAAUAUACACAGCUGCUUCAAAAAUGCUCUAUUUUCAAGUGGAUUUUUACAGUAUUGACAUGCUUUCGAACUUUGGUGUUAAAAAUUACUGAAAACAUAUAUAAAUAGCUCAAACACUGUAUCUAUACGUCUCAACCUUUGUUGAACAACCAAUAAAGGAAUCAUUGUCUAGUGAA